AUGUUCGCCAUAGAAGAAAUAAACAGAAGAUCUGACCUCUUACCUAAUAUCACUCUGGGAUACAAGAUCUAUGACUCCUGUGUGUUAGAACAUAAAGCCGUACAGAGUGUACUGAGUAUACUGUCAGGACGAGAAGAAGCCAUCCCCAACUACAGCUGUGAUGAGAAGAACAAAGUGGUGGCCUUUAUUGGACACUUGACAUCCUCCUCCAGUCUGUCCAUAGCUGAGAUAACUGGUAUCUAUGGAUAUCCUCAGAUCAGCUAUGGAGCAAUGGAUCCUGUCUUCAGUAACAAGCUCCUUUUCCCUUAUUUCUAUCGCACAGUCCCUGAUGGGUCCACUCAUUAUGAAGCCACAGUUCUCCUACUGAAGCAUUUUGGCUGGAGCUGGGUGGGGAUGGUGACAGCAGAUGAUGAGAGCAGCCAACGAGCCAGCAUGGAGCUCUACAAUGUAAUGACCCGAAGCGGGGUCUGCAUAGCUUAUAGAGAAUCUGUCAAAGAUCAUGCUUAUUUCAUACAGUCUAUGACCCACAAGAAGGCGUUCUAUAAAAUACAAAAGACCCACUGCAAUGUGAUCAUAUUUGUUGGUAACUCUUAUGGAUUAGAGUCAUUGGACUCGCUAUUAUCUGAUGACUUCCAUCCUCGGAAAGUUAUUAUCAUGCUCUCACUUAUUUUUCCUAACAAAUUAAUCAUGCUUCCCGCAUUGCAAGGAUCUUUGCAGCUCACCCUUCAAAAAGGAAGAAUUCAAGGGUUAAAGGAAUAUUUACUCACGGCCGGUCCUCUAAAAAAUCCGGGGCUUGAGAUAAUGUUUGAUGAAUGGCAAUAUUUAAAUUUUAAUUGCACCUUAAGCAAUGAUUAUUCUUACUAUAGACCAUGUGAUGAAAGAGAUGUUCUAGGUAAUGUGGAUCGCUUCCUGUAUGAUGUAGACAAUUUCCGUUACACAUUCAGUGUGUACUCUGCAGUGUAUAUUGUGGCUUACGCCUUACAUCAUCUGAUCUACUCAUAUCAAGGACAAGAACAUCUCCGGUUAUUUACCAUCCAACAUUUACAGGACACAUGGAAGCAUCGGAGGUACGGCCCAGCUGCAACAAGAAAAGUGCGCUGUCUGCAAGAGUCGGCAAAAGUUGUUCUCUGCUUCCGAGAACGACCUCAGCCAGAGCCGCUCAUCCCAGGGUUCCCUACUCCACCUGAGAGAUGGGAGGAACACCAGACCAUCGACUUUUCUGCCUUUGGCCUAUGGAGACCCCAGAAGGUCUUUGCUAUGGCCCUGUCUCCCAGCUGGAAGUUGGGGCUGAACCUUUCCAGCUUCCUUCAGAGCGAGAAACAUCCUAACCAAUAUAUAAGAAGAGUUCAUUUUACAACUUCUGCUGGAGAUUCUAUUCAACUUGAUGAAAAAGGAAAUUUUAUGUCAAAGUUUGAUCUGGUAAAUUAUUAUGUAUAUAGUAACCGUACUGUGAGGAAGCAAACAGUUGGUUAUUUCCAUGAAGACAAUGGUCAUCAUCGGUUUCCUAUAAAUGAGAGCUCAAUUGUUUGGAAUCCAAAAUUUCUCCAGACACCGCGCUCCGCCUGUAGUGAGAGUUGUCUACCCGGACACAGGAAAGUCCCACUGGAAGGAAAACAGAAAUGCUGCUACUACUGUGCCCCCUGUGCAGAAGGCGAGAUCUCCAACCAGACUGAUAUGGAAACAUGUCUAGAGUGCCCUAAAGAUCACUGGUCAAAUGGAAAAAGAGAUUCCUGCUUUGCAAGACCGAUUGAAUUCCUGUCUUAUUUAGACAUGCUGGGGUCAUCUCUAAUUAUUAUAAAUUUUGCAUUUUGUCUUGUGACCAUCUUUGUGUUAUGGGUGUUUAACAAAAAAAAGGACUCUCCAAUUGUGAAAGCCAAUAACCAGAAUCUCAGUUUCAUACUUCUCUUCUCCCUCAUUUUAUCCUUUCUCUGCCCUCUAUUAUUCAUUGGACGUCCCUCAGAGAUGUCAUGUCUCUUCAGACAAAUGGCUUUUGGGAUUAUUUUUAGUCUUGCAGUUUCUUCAGUCUUAGCUAAAACAGUGACUGUAGUCUUGGCUUUUCGUGCUAUUAAACCAGGCAGGACACUGAGGCAGUGGUUGGGGAGACAUCUGUCCACAUCAUUACUCAUUACUGGUACAAUAGGAGAGGUUGUGAUCUGUGUCUUCUGGUUGUCUUUCUCUCCACCAUUCCCAGAUCAUAACACUGAGAUAGAGAUUGGAAAGAUAAUCUUACAAUGUAUUGAGGGAUCUGCCAUUGCUUUCUACUUGUGCAUUGGCUACAUUGGAUUUCUGGCAAUGAUGAGCUUUAUUGUAGCUUUCUUGGCCAGGAAACUUCCAGACACCUUCAAUGAGGCUCAGUACAUCACCUUCAGCAUGCUGGUGUUCUGCAGUGUGUGGAUCUCCUUCAUCCCAGCCUACCUCAGCACCAAGGGGAAAUACACGGUGGCUGUGGAAGUUUUUGCCAUCACAUCUUCCAGUGCUGGACUUCUGGGCUGUAUCUUCAUUCCCAAAUGUUACGUUAUUCUAAUUAGACCAGAACUGAACAUAAAAUCUAGUUUAUAUUUUGGACAAGCAAAACAAUAA